AUCAAAAAUAACUAUCGCAGUCAGUGCGGCGAUGUCGAGGGUGAACGACGGUUCGACGGGGUGCCGAUACUGGCGCACGGUGAUGCCGAGGCCAAGUGUAUUCUUCCUCUUCCUUAUCCUCGGUGUCCUGGUGAUUUUAAGUAGCACAAAUUGCGGCGUAGAAGGCGCUAAAAAUGUGCGUCAAGAUGAUAAUAGUGCUAAUCGUGGUGGAAAGACUAUUUCAUCAUCAUCAUCAUCAUCAUCAUCAACUGGACAUCAUCAUCAGAAAGGAGCCGAGUCAGUGAUUGAGGAGGUUACUGCAAAACAACUAGAACGUAUUCUUAAUGAAAAGGACUUUGUCGCUGUGUUUUGGUAUGCAAGAAGUUGCAUUACAUGCGAUAAAGUUUUAUCAGAACUCGAAAAAAUAGACGAUGAUACCGAUACCUUUGGUGUCGACUUUGUAAAAAUCAACGACAAACGUUUAGCAAAACAAUAUGGCAUCAAAAACUUCCCGGCACUUACAUAUUUUCGAGAAAGAGAACCGAUUAUUUACGAAGGUGACUUGAUGGAUGAAGAAAGUGUUUUAGACUUUCUCACAAGUCUCGAAGCAAUGGAUUUACCAGAUCGAAUUGAAGAAGUUAAUGCUAAAAUUCUGAAUAAAAUUGUCGAAGAUACAGAAUUUGUUGCAGUUCUGUUUUGUCCAGAUUCGGAGCGGUGUGCUGGUUCUGGUUCUAACAAACCCGAUUGCAAAAAAUGUGCGAAGGCACUAAUGGAAUUGGAAAAUAUUGAUGAUGAGGCUGAUCAACUUGGAAUUGGUUUCGUUAAGAUUGCAGACGAAGAGCUUGCUGAAGAAUAUAAUUUGGGUCCAUUACCUGUAUUAGUAUAUUACCGUCAUCAAAUACCAAUUAUUUAUGAGAAUGAACUUAGUAGAGAAGAAGAUGUUUUGGAGUGGUUGGUAGCAAAUAAAAGUACAGGGGACGAAGAAGAUGUAAUUGAAGAUGUCACAGCUAAAACUUUAAAUACUUUAAUUGGAAACAUGGACAAUCUCGUUGUGCUAUUUUAUGAUCAUGGAGAUGAUGAUUCCAUGCAAGUACUUGCAGAACUUGAAAAAAUUGAUGAUGAUUUGGAUAAACAUGGAAUUCAAUUUGUAAAAAUUGAUGAUGAUAAAGCAGCUAAAGACUUCGGUAUCGAUUCUGUACCAGCUAUAGUUUACUUUGAAAAGCAAAUUCCGAAUGUUUAUGACGGUGAUAUUGAUAAUGAGGACGAAAUACUUGAAUGGCUUUUGUCGCAGUUAGAAAAAGAUGAAAUCGAAGAUGUAACUGAUGAAAUGCUAGAUCGUUUAGUCAAAGAUGGCAAAACUAUAGCAGUAUUAUUUUAUGACAAUAACGACCGUAAAUCUCAACGAGUUUUAAAUGAAUUGGAGAAUAUUGAUGAUGAAUGUGAUCAACUUGGAGUGGUGUUUGUUAAAAUUGAUAACGUCGAGGAAGCCAAAGAGUAUGGAAUUGAAAAAAUUCCAACGCUUGUUUAUUUUGAAAAAGGAAUACCAACUAUAUAUGAAGGUAAUUUAGAAGAUGAGCAAAAAGUUCUCAAGUGGCUUGAACAACAACAAGCCUCCGAUCAAAUUGAAGAUAUCACUGAUGAAAUGUUGGAUAUGGUUAUUGACAAAAUGCCUCAUGUAGCAGUCUUAUUUUAUGAUAAAGAUCAAAAGAAAAGCCAAAAAGUAGUGGCAGAAUUAGAGAAUAUUGACGACGAUUGUGAUCAACAUGAUAUUGCAUUUGUCAAAAUUGAUGAUGCAGAGGAAGCCAAAGAAUACGGCAUUGAUUCACUUCCAACGUUAGUUUUAUUCGAAAAAGGAAUUCCACAUGUUUAUGAUGGUGACUUAAUGAAUGAAGAUCAACUACUUGGUUGGUUACUUCAUCAAAAAAAACAUCGUGAAAUUCCGGAGGUUACAGAUGAGAUGAUGGAUAAAUUAAUUGAACAUCAACCAUAUCUUGCUGUAUUAUUUUAUGAUAAAGACGAUAAACAAAAUAUUCGAAUUCUAAAUGAAUUAGAAAAUAUUGAUGAUGAUUUAGAAAAAGAAGGAAUCGUCAUAGUUCGUAUGGAUAAUCAAGCAGAAGCUAAAGAUUUUGGUAUUGAUCAUCUUCCUGCUCUUGUAUACUUUGAAGCAAAAAUACCGGCUAUCUACGAGGGUGAUUUACUCAAUGAAGAUGAAGUACUUGAAUGGCUAAUUCAGCAAAAAAAAACUGCCACUAUAGAAGAAGUCACUGAUGAAAUUUUGUCUACACUCAUAGAAGAACAUGAAUAUGUUGUUGUUUAUUUUAGUGGUCGUUGUGAUGAUGGUGAUGAAUGUGACACUGUUUUGAAAGAACUGGAAAAUAUUGACGAUGAGCUCGAUGAAACAGGAAUUAUUUUUGUCACUACUGAAGACGUAGGAUUAGCCAAGAAAUAUGGAAUCAAAAAUCUACCGAGUUUAGUGUUCUUUCGAAAUAGAGACCCUCUUGUAUACAGUGGAGACGUUGAAGACGAAGACGAAGUCCUCUCAUGGUUAACUGAUGAAAAUACUCUUGAAAUACCAGGAAAAAUAGAAGAAGUAAACUCUAAAAUGUUGGAAAAUAUUCUUGAUGAAAAUGAUUAUGUUGUUGUCUUCUUUUAUAAAGAAGGUGAUAAACGAAGUCAGAAAAUUCUUCAAGAGCUUGAAAAUAUUGAUGAUGAAUGUGAAGAAAAAGAUAUUGACUUUGUCAAAAUUUCUGAUGAGGGUAUUGAAAAAGAAUAUGAUCUUCCUGGACUUCCAGCUCUGGCUUUUUAUCGCCAUAAAUUUCGACAAAUUUAUACCGGUGAUAUGAUGCAUGAAGAUGAAAUUCUUGAUUGGGUUUUAGAGCUUCGUCGUUCAACUCCAGAUGUUAUCGAAAGUGUUGAUCGAAAAACACUUCAAGUUUUAAUAAACGAUGUUGAACAUCUCGCUGUUUUAUUCUAUGAUGAUGAUGAAGAAAAAUGUGAUACAUGUCGUCAAAUACUUGAAGAACUUGAAACAAUUGAUGAUGACACCGAUAAACAUGGAAUUCAAUUUGUUAAGUCCAAAGACGCCAAGCUUGCCGCAGAAAUUGGAAUAUUUUCAUUUCCUGCACUUGUGUACUAUGAAACUGGAGUGCCUAUUAUGUAUGACGGCAAUAUUUUAGAUGAAGCUGAAGUUCUUAGUUGGAUGGUGAAACAGAGAAACGAUGCGAGUAUAGAAAAAAUUGAUCGAGAUCAAUUAAUAAAAUAUAUUGAAACUAAAGAAUUUUUGGCAGUUAUUUUUUACAAAGAAGAAGAUCCAGAAAGUCCACGAGUUUUACGUCAUAUUGAGUUGAUUGAUGAUGAAGCUGCUGAAUAUGGAAUAAAAAUAGUUCAAAUGAGUGAUCGUUUAAUGGCAAAAAAGUAUGGUUUCAGGAAUCCACCAGGUAUUACAUAUUUUCGUAAAGGAAAAGCUAUUAAUUAUGAUGGUGAUAUCGAUGAUGAAGAAGAAAUACUAGAUUGGUUAACAAAUCCCGAGAAUAUGGAGCUGACAGAUCAUAUUGAAAGAAUUAAUAGAAAAAUGUUUGAUAAAGUUCGUCAAACAUCCGAUUAUUUGGCUGUAUUUUUUUAUAGCAAAGACUGCAAGCAAUGCAAUAAAGUUUUGAGUGAAAUUGAACACAUUGAUGAUGAAGCAGAUCAUGCUGGAAUUAAUUUUGUUAAAAUUGAUGAUAAACAGCUUGCUAAAGAAUAUGGAGUUUUUGCAUUACCAGGAAUACUCUUCUUUAGAAUGGGAUCCAAAGAACCUGUUAUUUAUGCUGGAGAUUUAUAUGAUGAAGAUCAAAUUCUUCAAUGGUUAAUGACGCAGAAAGAUCCUUCUGGAGAAAUGAUAGAAGCCCUUGAAGGGGAAGAUCUUCUACAUCUUAUUCGCGAAUCGUCGUCUUUGGCAGUAUAUUUUUGGAACAGAACGCUUUGCGACAUGUGCCAUUCGAAAGCGUUCCGCAAGCAGAUACGUCACAAACAUCAGGAGCACCGGACGAUUGAACAUCCCGAAGUAACUGAAGAAGCGGAUGAUAGUGAUGAAUGUGAUCAAUGUGCUGGCAUCCUUGAAGAAUUAGAAAAUAUUGAUGAUGAUUGUGAUCGACAUGGCAUAACAUUUGUAAAAACACAGGAUUUCAAAAUUGCUGAAGACUAUGGCGUGACAGACUUUCCAGUUUUAGUUUAUUUUGAAUCUCAAAUUCCCAAUGUCUUUGAAGGUGAGCUAUCGGAAGAAGAAGAAGUUCUUCAGUGGCUCAUUACACAAAGAACUGAAGAUAGAAUCGAGCUGAUUACUCGAGUAAUGCUUGAAGCUUCUGUUGAAGAUACUCAAUAUCUAGCUGUAUAUUUUUAUAAAACAAACUGCCAUAUAUGUGAUGAAAUCUUAGAAGGACUUGAACGAAUAGAUGAUGAAUGUGAUGUUUUUGGGAUUCAGUUGGUAAAAAUUCAUGAUCCCCAGUUAGCAAAGAGAUAUUCCAUUAAAACAUUUCCAGCACUAGUAUACUUUAGAAAUGGCAAUCCUUUGCUUUACGAAGGUGAUUUGCAGAGUGAGGAAUCAGUGUUAGAAUGGUUAAUUGACGAUGAUAACCGUGAAUUAGCAGAUGAAAUUGAAUCUGUUAAUGAAAGAAUGUUAGAACGACUACUCGAUGAAUCUCCAUUUCUGGCAGUUUUCUUUUAUGACGAAGAUUGCCCUGAAUGCGAUGAGAUAAUGGAGUCUCUGGAAAAAAUAGACGGAGAAGCUGAUCUUUUUGGAAUAGAUUUUGUGAAAAUUUCAAGUCCUGAAACUGCUGAAAAGUAUGGCAUUAUGAAUUUGCCGUCUUUAACAUAUUUUAGGAAGAAAACACCUCUGAUUUAUGAUGGUGAUCUCACACAAGAGGAUAAAAUACUCGCUUGGUUAACAUCGCAAGAUGUGUUUGAAAUUAAAAAUGAAAUUGAAGAGGUCAAUAAAAAAAUGCUUGAUAAACUACUUGAUGAAAAUGAGUUCUUAGCUGUAUUUUUCUAUGAGCAUCAUCAUAAAGAAAGCGAAGAGGUAGAUAAAAAGUUAGAGAUGAUUGAUGGUGAAACUGAUAAUUUGGAUAUCACAUUUGUGAAAAUGGCAGAUCCACGUUAUGCAAGAAAAUGGGGUGUUACUAAAUUGCCAGCUAUUGUCUACUUUAGGAAAAGAUUCCCUAGUAUUUAUAGAGGUGAUCUUCAUAAAGAGGAUGAAGUACUAGAAUGGUUAAGAAAAAAUCGAUUCCGCCAACCAGAACUUAAUAUUUACAUGUACAUGGUGAUUAUUAUCACAAUACUUUUUGCAAUGUAUACAGGUUUCCUUUUAUCAUGUUUUCGAUCUGAACCAAAUCCUGCACCAGUACCACAUCAAAAACAAGCGUGAAAAUAAUAAUUAUUAUAAAAUUAUUAAAUAUAAUUCUUCUACCAGUA